AUGGGGAGCGAGAGCAAUCUGAAGACUUGGGUAUCCGAUAAGUUGAUGACGUUUCUCGGAUAUUCUCAGCCCACUGUUGUUCAGUACAUUAUUGGAUUAACCAAACAAGCAAAAUCAUCGGCUGAUGUUGUGGGCAAGCUUGUAGAAUUUGGGUUGUCCUCUUCGGCCGAAACAAGUGCAUUUGCUGAAGACAUCUUCGCAAGAGUGCCCCAUAAAGUAUCUGGUUUGAAUCUAUAUCAGAAACAAGAGAGGGAAGCUGCGAUGUUGGUGAAGAAGCAGAAGACAUAUUCUCUCUUGGAUGCAGAUGACCAAGAUGACGAUGAUGGCGAUAGAUCUUCUGCCCAGGUUGUUUCUGAGUCCAGGAAAGCUGACUCCCAUAAGAAACGAUUCAGGAAGAAGGUCUUGAGUCAAGAAGAUGAAGAUGAUGAGGUGAUUGCACAAGAGGAAGAAGAGAGACGAGUUAAAAGACGAAUUUCCCCAGAUGACGAUGAUGGUUCAGAGUCAGAAGAAGAAAGAUUGCGUGAUCAAAGAGAGAGGGAGCAAUUGGAGCAGAAUAUAAGGGAACGGGAUACAGCAGCUACACGAAAGUUAACAGAUAGAAAAUUAACACGAAAGGAAGAAGAGGAGGCUAUUCGGAGAAGCAAUGCAUUGGAGCGGAAUGACCUUGAAGAUUUAAGAAAAGUUUCAAGACAAGAAUAUCUCAAGAAGAGGGAGCAAAAGAAAUUGGAGGAAAUCAGAGACGAUAUAGAGGAUGAGCAAUACUUAUUUGAUGGUGUGAAGCUCACUGAAGCAGAAUAUCGCGAACUAAGUUACAAGAAACAAAUAUACGAGCUGGUGAAGAAGAGGUCAGAUGAGGUUGAGGAUACCACUGAGUACAGGAUGCCAGAUGCAUAUGAUGAGGAGGGUGGUGUUAAUCAGGAAAAGAGAUUUUCUGUCGCUGUGCAACGCUACAGAGACCUCGGUGCUGGGGAUAAAAUGAACCCAUUUGCAGAACAGGAAGCUUGGGAGGAUCACCAAAUUGGAAAAGCAACGCUGAAAUUUGGUUCAAAAAACAAGAAACAAAUAUCUGAUGAGUAUCAAUUUGUAUUUGAGGAUCAGAUUGAUUUUAUCAAGGCAUCAGUGAUGGAUGGUGAUGAGUUUGAUGAUGACGGGCAACCCUCUGAGGUACUUGAGUCGAAGGCGAAAACGGCCUUAGAGAAGCUCCAGGAUGACAGAAAAACAUUACCCAUCUACACCUACCGUGAUCAAUUGCUUGAAGCUGUUGAAAAUCAUCAGGUUCUUGUUAUUGUUGGUGAAACUGGUUCUGGAAAAACUACACAGAUACCCCAAUAUCUUCACGAGGCUGGAUACACAAAGCGUGGAAAGAUUGGGUGCACACAGCCACGACGAGUUGCUGCUAUGAGUGUUGCUGCAAGGGUUUCUCAAGAAAUGGGGGUUAAACUUGGGCACGAGGUUGGUUAUUCUAUUCGUUUUGAGGAUUGCACAUCCGAAAAGACUGUUUUGAAAUAUAUGACAGAUGGAAUGCUGUUGCGAGAAUUCCUUGGUGAACCAGAUCUGGCGAGUUACAGUGUGGUGAUGGUGGACGAGGCCCAUGAACGAACACUCUCGACUGAUAUUCUAUUUGGACUAGUAAAGGACAUUGCUCGAUUUAGACCGGAUCUCAAACUGCUUAUCUCAAGUGCAACGCUUGAUGCUGAGAAGUUCAGUGAUUAUUUUGAUUCUGCUCCAAUUUUCAAAAUUCCAGGGAGGCGGUAUCCUGUUGAAAUACAUUACACGAAAGCACCAGAGGCUGAUUACUUAGAUGCAGCAAUUGUCACUGCACUUCAAAUCCAUGUGACGCAACCACCUGGAGAUAUAUUGGUAUUCCUCACUGGUCAGGAAGAGAUUGAAACAGCGGAAGAAAUAUUGAAGCACAGAACAAGGGGCCUAGGGACAAAAAUUGCUGAGCUGAUUAUUUGUCCCAUAUAUGCAAACCUACCUACUGAGCUGCAAGGAAAAAUUUUUGAAGCCACACCUGAUGGGGCAAGGAAGGUUGUCCUUGCCACAAAUAUAGCUGAAACUUCGUUGACUAUUGAUGGGAUCAAAUAUGUUAUUGACCCAGGGUUUUGCAAGAUGAAGUCAUAUAACCCAAGGACUGGAAUGGAGUCAUUGCUAGUUACUCCCAUCUCAAAGGCAUCAGCAAUGCAGAGGGCAGGUCGAUCUGGUCGAACGGGUCCUGGAAAGUGCUUCCGGUUAUAUACUGCCUACAAUUAUUACAAUGAUUUAGAUGAUAACACAGUACCAGAAGUACAAAGAACUAAUCUUGCAAAUGUUGUGCUUACGCUGAAGAGCCUUGGUAUUCAUGACUUAUUACACUUUGAUUUUAUGGACCCUCCACCAUCUGAAGCAUUACUAAAAGCCCUGGAACUGUUAUUUGCACUAAGUGCAUUAAAUAAAGUGGGUGAGUUGACUAAAGUAGGUAGAAGGAUGGCGGAGUUUCCACUUGAUCCCAUGCUAUCUAAGAUGAUAGUUGCUUCUGAUAAGUACAAGUGUUCAGAUGAAGUCAUUUCCAUAGCUGCCAUGCUUUCCAUUGGUAAUUCCAUCUUUUACCGUCCCAAGGACAAACAAGUCCAUGCUGACAAUGCACGUUUGAAUUUUCACACCGGGAACGUGGGAGACCACAUUGCAUUGCUCAAGGUGAGGAGCAUGAAGCGUGCUAGAGAUAUUAGAGACCAGCUUGAGGGACUCUUGGAGAGGGUUGAGAUUGAGCUGGUCUCAAAUCUCAGUGAUUACGAGACCAUAAAGAAGGCCAUUACAUCUGGCUUCUUCCCUCAUUCCGCAAAGCUUCAAAAGAAUGGAUCUUAUAGAACAGUCAAACAUCCACAGACUGUCCAUAUACAUCCCAGCUCAGGGCUGUCACAGGUGCUUCCGAGAUGGGUUAUAUACCAUGAACUGGUACUUACAACAAAGGAAUAUAUGAGACAGGUAACAGAAUUAAAGCCGGAGUGGUUAGUGGAAAUAGCUCCGCAUUUUUACCAGCUGAAGGAUGUUGAAGAUUCGAUGUCAAAGAAAAUGCCCCGUGGAGAAGGGCGCGCACAACAGGAUUGA